UCACUCUCCAAUGAGCACAGUAGCUCAACAUGUUGCUUCUUAAUGAUUCAUAUGGGGUUGGAGAAUGAAUCUGAAGAGCCUGGUGUUGGACCACAAUAAUGCUGUAGGGCAUCGUUUCUAAAAUCCGGUCCUGUAGGGCUCUGCUGAGUUUAGUUCCAACUCCAAUCAAACACACCUAAACAAGCUAGUCCAGGGCUGUGUACCAAUUCAAAGGCUGCAUUCUUCGAAGGACUCGGACUUCAAAGGCAUUCCUUUGAUGGCCGCUAAGGUCUGACUGUUGUUAAAUGGGACGCUCUAGCCUACGGAAAACUGUUCUUGUCUCCUAGCAACUGACAACUGCCGUUGAAGAACGGCUGUAACAUUUACUGGACCUAAGUUAUAUCCAACUGCCUUAAAACAAAUCAAGGUUCACAACCUGUCUAAAUGUUCGCCUUUGUCCAUUUAUGUACAUAAAAAUGUGUGUAAAUAUGUCAAAUCGCUUCUUGGUAAGAUAUGUCAAUAUUUGAGUUGGUUUAUAUAAGGGUAAAUUCAGGUUGUUUGGGACACUUUUUGCCAUUGAGAUGAGUGGGGAAAGUGUCCCAAUCAACCCGACUUUACACCUAUAUGUUUUUAUUUUUACAUUCGUAUCAUUAGAUUAGUCGAGUAAGUAGAACCCAACCCAAAGCUAAAAUUUUAAAGCAUAAUCAGGCAAUUUCUCUACCAAAAAAUCCUGCCGCUACUGGUGUGUAAUGAGUUCCGGGGUAUGUGAGGCCGAUAAGGGUCCAUGUGUUGUAUUGAUCAUUUCCAGCGAGGCCAUUUUGAGGCCUCAAUUGAAGGCGCCUUCGUCGCACAUUGGUGACGUGAUCAGUCUUCGAAUUGCGGCCUUUCAUCGAUGCAGCCUUGGAAUUAGGACACAGCAAAGGUCUUCAGUUACUAGGAAAUUGCAGGUAAGUGAGUUUCAAGUUUAUGUCAAUGUUUAUUGGAUGUUGAUUGUUAUAGUUACUGUCAUGCAUGAAAUAUUAUAUAUUAUAUCAUAUCUUUACCCUGCAUACCAUAGCUCUCGAUACACCACAAAGACUGGGUGUCCUGGUCACACAGAAAUGAGUCAGAAAGACCCACACCAAAUAUUUGUCCUCUUUUGAACUCUGAUAUGUCUCUCAUUGUGUGAAUUGCAAUAUUUUGUGUACAGAUGUGCUAUUGCUAAUUCUACCUUUACGCUCUGCUCUUAUUGAUGGAAUGUAAAAUCUGAAGAUUGGCCACCAGUCAAUACAUGAGUGCACAUCUCCACAUGCUCAUCUCCCUCUUCAAGCUCCAGCUUUAGUCUCACCCCAGGAUUACUCAUCCAUUUACAAAGAUGACAUGCCACAGGAACAAGCUAUUGGAAAUCUAGAGCAGUGAUUGGUUCAUACGAGAAGCCAAUAAAGAAAUCAGCUCCUAUGACCCACUGAGCCAACUCGACAUUAGCCUGUCAACGGUCACACCACCACAUAAUCAUGGAGGACUCAACAGAGGUGCGCACGGGUGGAAACUCUUUGCUGAAAGCAGUGUAUCUGUGCCGCCUGAGGUUGACGCGCCUGCUGCUGGAAGGAGGGGCUUACAUUAAUGAAAGCAAUGAGAGGGGAGAAACUCCACUGAUGGUGGCCUGCAAAAGUCACCAUGCAGAUGCUCAGAGUGUGCCAAAACCCAAGAUCAUCAGGUAUCUUCUUGAAAAUGGUGCAGACCCCAACAUUCAGGAUAAGUCUGGUAAGACAGCUCUAAUGCAUGCCUGCAUAGAGCGGGCGGGAGAUGAGGUGCUGUCGCUUCUGCUCUCCAGUGGAGCUGACCCUAGUUUAGAGGACCACAAUGGUUCCUCUGCUCUGGUCUACGCAGUUAACGCUGGAGACAAAGAUGCACUGAGAGUACUACUAGACGCCUGCAAGGCCAAGGGCAAAGAAGUCAUCAUCAUUACAACAGACAAGCUACCCUCUGGAAGACAAAUGACCAAGCAGUAUCUGAACGUUCCACCACCUCCAAAUCUUGAGGACCGGUUGCACUGUGCCUCUGCGUCAUGUAUGUGCCCCUCUGAAAUUAACCUUUUUACCCCGCAUAUCUCACCUCCCACCAACAACCAAUCUGAGACCCUGGGAUCCACUCCAACGCUUCCCACGUCCAAGCCAGGAUCACCGACUCAAGAUUCAAGCCCUCUGCAAGCGGCUAGUGUGGUGAAGCUUCUGCAUCUACAGAGGCUUAACUCAGAGCCCUGGCUGAAGAUCCCUCCUUCUCUGCUCCUAGAGCAAAGCAAGUCCUCAUCCUUGACCGAGGAGCUUCUAGAUAUCACCCCCGAAGAGGAGCUCUCGUUUGGGUACAAUGGUUGCAGACCUCUACUGAGAGCGACGGUAGCUCGUCACCAAAGCAUUGAAGUCAAAGACUCUGCUGGUCUGCUUAGAGCCUUUGAGACAACACCUGAAAGAGAACUAACAAAAGAACAGAAAUGGCUCAGUAGAAAAAUGUCCUACGAUGGUGAGUUGUUACCGCACUCUUCCUCACAUCAGAACCUCAAGCAGGCAUCCAUCUCAGACACUGCACCUGUGGACCGGGGCCCAGACUGUCUUCCCAACCUGGCUGUUUCAAGCCUGCGCAAUGUGUUUCGUCGCCGCAACUUCGGAAUGGACCACUACAGUUCUGACUCUCAGUUGCCUCAAUUUGGGAGCCAACCCUCUGAAGACCUUGGGAAGACUGGAGGAGGAGGAGGAACUGGGGGAACGGAGAAACGCAAGCUUGUUACCAGCCGCUCCUCCACUCUCUCUGGAUCCAGAGAGUCUCUGGAGAGUGUUGUUCAGAGGAGGAGCCCGGCAAUGCUGGAGAGGAGGGGAUCUGGAGCCCUACUCCUAGACCAUAUCUCACAAACCCGCCCUGGUUAUCUACCACCUCUUAAUCCACAUGCACCCAUUCCAGAUAUCAAAGUCAACACCAGUGUUGGAGUCAACAGUGGAGGCAAGCCUGUGGCAGGAACUUCACCCAUUGUUCCUGGAUUGAGGCAUUUUGUCCCCAUUGCCCCGAGCCAUCCCAGAGAUCUCAAGAACAAGAAGAGUCUGUUAAGACGACACUCCAUGCAAACUGAGCAGAUCAAGCAGCUGGUCAAUUUUGAGGAAAUCUUUGGUCAGUAAACAUCACAGAGGAAAUUUGUGGUAAAUAUAGAAAUUUCAUUUGUCAAAGUUUGAAAUCUGAACAGAAUACAUUUUAAAUAUGAAUCAUAACAAACAUAAACCACACUAAAAUGCACUUUCCAGACUGGACAGGGGUAAUAUGUUUAUUUUGACUAUUGUAAACUUUACUGCACUUUACUGGUGCCAUUUUUACUCUCUCAUUAGUGCACUUAAUCAGAAUACUGAAACGCUGCUGUUCAAUGUACUGCUGGUUCUUAAAAACUGAUUCAUGCCUGCAAUGUCUUUGUAGUUACAAGUUCAAAAUUGUGACUUGUAUUUAUCCAUUGACAAAAUAAAUGCAGCAUAAAACAAUACU